AUGAUAUUAAAAAAUGUUUCAAUUCGUCUAGCAUCUAGCGAAUUUAAAUCACUUCCCAAACCGCCUUAUGGUACUGGUGUGGUAUUCCAUGGAAGAAUGCAACCAGUCAAAUAUGCUAUCAAAUUUUCAAGUUACAUUUUUAUAAUUUUUUCUGGUUUUAUGGGAGCUAUGUCUGGAAAUUUUUUUUACAAAAAAUAUAUUCUCAGAAAAAAUCCCCCCAACCCUUUAAGAGACCCUAAUGACUUACCACCAGAAAGACAUCCACAUGCUCCUGAGGAUGACUGA